AUGGCCACAGCCCCUUGGGAGCCAGCUUUGGCUUCUGGCCAGAAGGAGAAGUCAGGGCACUGGGAGUCCAGGGGAGAAGUGGAGUUGGGGGGCGGGGGUGCCUUCCCAGAACUCAGGACGGUUAGUGGGAGAAUCUGGUCGGCAGCCCUGAAUGGAGACCUGGGCCGAGUGAAGCAUUUAAUCCAGAAGGCUGAGGACCCGAGUCAGCCCGACUCAGCCGGCUACACUGCACUGCACUAUGCCAGCCGCAAUGGGCACUAUGCUGUGUGCCAGUUCCUGCUGGAAAACGGAGCUAAGUGUGAUGCCCAGACCCACGGGGGUGCCACUGCUCUGCACCGAGCCAGCUACUGCGGGCACACUGAAAUCGCACGGCUCCUGCUAUCACAUGGGUCCAACCCCAGGGUGGUGGAUGACGACGGCAUGACCAGUCUGCAUAAGGCCGCUGAGAGGGGUCACGGGGACAUCUGCUCCCUCCUCCUGCAACACAGCCCCGCCCUGAAGGCCGUCCGGGACCGAAAGGCACGGCUAGCAUGUGACCUGCUGCCCUGCAACAGUGACCUGCGGGACCUGCUAUCCAGCUGAGCUGCCACCCUGUCUCCAGCUGCCUUUAAAGGGUACACAGACCAGUUCUCCAUGCCCCUGCCUUGGUCAGCAUCCAUGCUGCUGGGCAGGGAAAUGAGGCCAGACGACCCAGGAAGAGCCCCAGUCUGGUCACUCUGGAAGCGAGGGAGUAGAUCUGGUGUGGCUAAAAGUGUGUAAGCCUGGGCAGAUGAUCAUAUUCUAAAUUAGUUCACAUGAGACAUCUAUUCAUUUGGAAAAAAAUAAAGUGAUAUCCUUACCUCAUCCCACACACAAAGAUAAAUUACAAGAUUAAAUAUCUAAAUAUAAAAACACAAAA